GUAAAGCUCACUUUCUCGGUUUCUCCUCUUCAAAAAAAAAAAGGCGCACGUUAGCGACUGUGAGAAGUUCAAUUCAGAGAGAGCAGCUUGCUAGUCGAGUAAACGCGGGACGAAAACGAAGACGACGACCUAACCUUUAAGGGCUGAAAACCAUUAGUAAUUCUCAUUUAUGAUACAUAGCUGAUUCUUAGUUUUCUAAGAUCCAAAUCUCAAAUGGCCAAAUUUUUCUGUGAUUUUCGGUUUCUCCUCUUAAUUGCAGCUGGGGCCUUUAUCUACAUCCAGAUGCGGCUUUUCGCUACUCAAUCUGAAUACUCUGAUCGCCUUGCUGUUGCGGUUGAAUCUGAGAACCACUGUACAAACCAAUUGCGAUUACUAAUUGAUCAAAUAAGCAUGCAACAAGAACGUAUUGUUUCUUUAGAAGAUGAAAAGAAUCGCCGAGAACAAGAAUGUGCGCAGUUGAAGGCUCUUGUUCAAGAUCUUGAAAGGAAAGGUGUACAAAGACUGAUUGACAAAGUACAGGUGCCGGUGGCAGCAGUUGUGGUCAUGGCAUGUAAUCGUGCUGAUUAUCUAGAGAGGACCAUUAAGUCUAUUCUAAAAUAUCAAACAUCUGUUGCUUCAAAAUAUCCUUUAUUCGUCUCCCAGGACGGACCUGAUCCACAUGUCAAAAGGAAGGCUUUGAGCUAUGACCAACUUUCAUACAUGCAGCAUUUGGAUUAUGAACGAGUGGAGACUGAAAGGCCUGGAGAGCUGAUUGCAUACUACAAGAUUGCGCGUCAUUACAAAUGGGCACUGAAUGAAUUGUUCUACAAGCAUAAUUUCAGCAGAGUGAUCAUACUUGAAGAUGACAUGGAAAUCGCUCCUGAUUUUUUUAGUUACUUUGAGGCUGCUGCAGAUCUCCUCGAUAAAGAUAGGUCCAUCAUGGCUGUUUCCUCAUGGAAUGACAAUGGACAAAAGCAGUUUGUGCAUGAUCCUUACGCACUUUAUCGCUCGGAUUUCUUUCCUGGGCUAGGAUGGAUGCUCACUAGAUCUACAUGGGAUGAGCUGUCACCGAAGUGGCCAAAGGCUUACUGGGAUGACUGGUUGAGGUUAAAGGAGAAUCACAAAGGUCGACAAUUUAUUCGCCCAGAAGUGUGUAGAACCUAUAACUUUGGAGAGCAUGGAUCUAGUAUGGGACAAUUUUUCAAGCAGUAUCUUGAGCCAAUUAAGCUUAAUGAUGUCAUGGUUGACUGGAAAUCAAGGGAUUUGAGCUACUUGAUGGAGGACAAUUAUGUGAAGUACUUCGCUGACAUUGUGAAGAAAGCUAAACCUCUCCAUGGAAGAGAUUUGGUUCUGAAAGCUUCCAAUAUUGGUGGGGAUGUGCGUGUAAAGUAUGAAGAUCAACGAGAUUUUGAACGUAUUGCAAGCGAGUUUGGUAUUUUUGAGGAGUGGAAGGAUGGAGUACCAAGAACAGCUUAUAAAGGAGUAGUUGUUUUCCGCUACCAAAAAUCAAGACGUAUAUUCCUUGUCGGUCCAAAUUCUCUCGAAGAACUUGGGAUAUAAGAUUCUUGACUCAUUUCAAGAGUUCAUGAGGCUAUAAAACAUGUUUACAUAGGAAAUGACAGUGAGGUUUGGGGUGGGAAAUAAUCAAUCUUGUACCGAGAGUCGAUUUUAAAGAGAAAACUCUGGUUCUAUAUGGUCUUAUAAGUUUCUUGACUAACUGCUCUUUGUGGUUCGAGUUUUUGAGGACUCGUAGCCAAACUCGACAAAGUGAUAAUCAGCAAAACUUGGUAAGCAAAUAUGGAGGUACAGUACAGAUAUGUUCAAAGUGUUGUUGUUGUUGUUAUUAUUGUAUGCUGAACAUUUAAAUUUGAGGCCCUUUAUUUAUUACAAAAAAAAAAAAAGAAGAUCGGUUUCAAUGAGGGCUUUAGAAAUUUUUGGAUAUUUGAUUGUACUGCAUUCUUCCCACUUAAUCGGUAACCGAUUAUUUUACCCCACGAGAAAAUGACAAGAAAAAUGUAAAUUACAUCUUUAUUUUUUAUUUUAAUAGUCACACUUUAUCUA